AUGACAACCUUCAAACUCAACACCGGCGCCUCCAUCCCCGCCCUCGGCUUCGGCACGUGGCAAGACGCCGACGCGCAAGAGAACGCCGUCCUCGAAGCCCUGAAAGCCGGGUACAGACACAUCGACACCGCGCGCGUCUACGGCACCGAGCCCGCCGUCGGCCGCGCAAUCAAGAAAUCCGGCAUCCCGCGCGACCAGAUCUUCCUCACCACCAAGAUCUGGAACAACAAGCACCACCCCGACGACGUGCCGCAGGCUCUACAGGAUAGUCUGAACGAUCUGGGGCUGGAGUACGUUGAUCUGCUGCUUAUGCACUGGCCCGUUGCAUUCAAGCGCGGAGAUGAGCUGUUCCCCAAGACUCAGUCUGGAGGCCCUGAUGUGGUCGAUACGGAUUACCUGGAUACGUACAGGGCGAUGGAGAAGUUGAUCGCAACGGGGAAAGUCAAGGCCAUCGGUGUGAGCAACUUCAGCAAAGCUGAGAUGGAAAGGGUCCUUGCGAACGCGACGGUCCCGCCGGCUGUGCACCAGCUCGAAGGACACCCGUGGCUGCAGCAGCGGGGGUUCGCGGACUGGCAUAAGAAGAACGGGAUCCAUGUUACGCACUACUCGCCGUUCGGGAACCAGAACGAGAUUUAUAGUCGGGAGGGCACGAUUGGGCGGUUGAUUGAGGACCCCGUGCUGGUUGAGAUCGGCAAGAAGUAUGGGAAGAGUGCGGCGCAGGUGGCGCUUGCUUGGGGGGUUAGUGAGGGACAUAGUGUCCUGCCGAAGAGUAAGACGCCUGAGCGGAUUCGGCAGAAUCUGGAGGGGGACUUUAAGCUUGACCAGGAGGAUGUCAAGAAGAUCAGGGGGAUUGAUCGGAAGUUGAGGUUUAAUGACUCCAGUGAGGAUUUUGGGUAUGAUUUGUUCAAGGACCUUGAUGGGAAGAAAUAG